UGGAGCUCUCAUCAUAGCAUGUUUUGAAAAUUCUCUGUGUAGGUUUUGGUCUAGAAAGUGAAAAGACAAAAACAAGUAGGGCGCUAGCUUAGGAACAAUGGGUCAUUCUGUAGGCUUUAUCCUAGUUCUUUCUCUUCUUGCCGUUGCUCCCCCUUGUUUCUGUGGCAAGACUAUUGCGGGAGGAUACCUCUACCCUCAGUUUUACGAUCACUCAUGUCCAAAAGCUCAAGAGAUUGUCAAGUACAUUGUAGCCAAAGCUGUUGCAAAGGAGGCCCGUAUGGCUGCUUCACUGCUUAGGCUACACUUCCAUGACUGCUUUGUCAAGGGCUGCGAUGCAUCAAUUUUGUUGGACAGCAGCAGGACCAUAAUUAGCGAAAAGAGGUCGAAUCCUAACCGGAACUCGGCUAGAGGAUUUGAAGUCAUAGAUGAGAUCAAAGCUGCACUGGAGAAAGAGUGUCCUCAUACGGUAUCAUGUGCUGAUAUUAUGGCCCUGGCUGCUAGAGAUUCUACUGUUCUGACUGGUGGACCUAACUGGGAAGUCCCUCUCGGGAGGAGGGAUUCCACAGGUGCAAGCUUGAGUGGCUCUAACAAUAAUAUUCCUGCUCCUAACAACACAUUUCAAACAAUUCUAACCAAGUUCAAGCUACAAGGCCUGAACAUUGUUGAUCUUGUAGCACUUUCUGGGAGCCACACCAUUGGAAAUGCCCGAUGCACCAGCUUCAGGCAGAGACUUUAUAACCAAUCAGGCAAUGGACAACCAGACUACACACUUGACCAAUCAUAUGCUGCUCAAUUGCGCACCAACUGUCCAAGAUCAGGUGGUGAUCAGAACCUGUUUUUCUUAGAUUUUGUGAGCCCAAUAAAGUUCGAUAACAGCUACUUCAAGAUCUUACUGGCUUACAGGGGCCUGCUGAACUCUGACCAAGUUCUUUUUACUAUGAGUGCUGUAUCAAGGGAAUUGGUGAAGAAAUACGCUUACAACCAGGAACUCUUCUUUCAGCAAUUUGCCAAGUCCAUGAUUAAGAUGGGAAAUAUCUCACCACUGACAGGUUAUAGGGGUGAGGUCAGAAAGAAUUGCAGGAAGGUUAAUGCUUAUUAAUAGCCGUUAGAACUUAGAAGUGAGCCAUUUGAUGAAUAAAAAGUUUGGAUCUGUGUCUCCUGUUCUAUGUUGUUUGUCUUUCCUCCUUUUGAAAGAAAAAAGAAGUUCAUUUGUGCAAAUUUAGUAUACCAACUAGUGAUAUUGUUUCGACUUGUAUUGAUUCAGAAUUGUGUAAGUAAAAAAAUACAUCCUUGGCAUGA